UAUCAGAAGAAGUCGUGUUCGAUUGGUGUUAAAGCACCCGUUGUAACACUGCCAAAAUACAGCAUUGUUGGUUUGCUAGAUCUUCGUGAAAAUGCAGUGCGGCGUUAGAACUAAUUUCUAAAGCAACCCCUUAAAAUAUUCUAAAUAAACCCUAGCGUGGGGCGUGGAUGUGAAGAGGCAGCGCGAAAUUGUACAUUUUUGUUUAGUGGCCACAAUCCUUCAAGCAACAGCAAAGCACGUGGCGGGAAAAUGUCGAACAAAAUUGUUAAUAUCGUCUGUCAGACUUCUAGCGAGAACCAUCCGGUGAUACUGGAAAACUACGAAACUUAUCUCGAGCCCCGGCAGCAUGACAUGAAGUGUUUGCUAGCGUAUGACCCCACCAUCUCGAAGGUGGACGAAAAGGUUGGCAACAUGUUGCUGGUAUCUGGGGAGAAGAAGCUGUACAUCGGGCAGAUUCACGUUCCGACCGACGACGCACUUGAAUCGGCGCCGGCCGACUUGCUGCGUACGUACGUGGCCCGACGCAACAAGGAAACGGGCAAAAUGCGGCUAUACGAGGUGCGAGCCACCACUCUGAAACACAUCAGUCUGGACCGACCGGUAGGUGACGGACAGACUACUGCCGACUUGGACGUGCGGCAGCUGAUACGACUGCAGAGCAAAUUUAAUGCCCGGUUGGGCCGUCGAAACCUUCUCCUGAUGAACAAGCGAAUGGACAUGUCAGUGAUGGAAGAGAAGCUGGAGCGAACAAUCGCCGAGACGGUAGCGAAGGAACCGUCAACAACGGCGGCAUCGUCCGAGGGUACUGUAACGGACCUGUCCUUACAGUCCGGCAACUCGAUGGGCGAUGUACUGCAGCGCGAGCUGCUAGCCAAAUCAAAGCCCGACGCAAAAUCGCUCCGAGAUCUUUACGAUGCCAAGCAGCUUAUAGGGUUGGAAGUUUGGCAAAAACUUCUGGAACCGGCCCGGCAGCUGCUGCAGGUACCUGCCGAGGACUUGCAGAUGGCUAAUGCUUACCUCGAAAACAAGGUGAAGGCGGCAAUGCAGUCGAGCGAACCGGCAGACCAACCGAACUUAGCCACCGUCCGGAUCUGUCUGUACAUGGACGUGUUGGCCCGGCUGCUUGGCCCCAAGGCAUAUCAAAUGGCAUUUAAACAGGAGCACCUCUCAGCCUUUACCAAUGUGCUCGACGAGCCGAUCCGGCACAGCUUCCUGCAGUCCGUUCGGAGGGAGACGAGUACGCGCUUCCAGGUGACGAAGUACACACACAUCAAGGCGCUCAUGUACUAUCUGGCCCUUGCGUUUGCGAUGGAGGGGCAAGAAGCGCUGGUUGUGGAAACGCUGCACAGAUCGCUGGGUGUGCCGCGAAGCCAGCUGAUAAUGUACGGACGUGCUGUCGGUGCACGGUACAACGCAAAAAGUGAUCAGUUUACACUUGGUACGAGACAACUGAGUGACAAGAGUGAGCAGCUGGCGGACAUGUUAGCUGGAUAUAGACGGAGUGUCAAACGAUCGCGUCAAAAUUGAUAGUCACGCAUAAUGUAAUAGCAUCCGAAGUAUCAAGAGCAAGUAAUGUAAAGUUGUUUUUCUUCUUCAUACUUCAUAAUCCAUUCACUAUAUUCGAAUGGAUUGUGUUUCGGAUAAAACACUAAUAAUAAUAUUACGAUUAUUAUCAA